AUGGCUGGAAGAUCUAGCUUCAAGACCUGCACAUCUAUGGCAGUUGAUGGUUACCAAGUCAAGGAUGUCCCCUUUUGCAAACACAAGGGGCAGAAAGGGAAAGAAAAAGACCAAAGAGUUCAUCAACCAGAAGUUGAUGCUGCAGCUUUAUCAAAAAAGAGAGCUUUAUUACCUGUAAAGAAACUCAGAAGCUCCCUUCUUGCAAAUAGCAAAUUACACAGAACUUUAUACGGAUUCAUUGUCUUUCAAGUUUCAUGGAAAGAUGUUCGUGGUAUCAAUUACUUAAAUGAACUUCAGACUGAUACAUCUCUUGCUAUAGAGGCUAAAUACAUGAAAAGAUGGGAAUUCGAUAGCAUAGCUCAAUCAGUUAAAUGCAUAAAUUCAUGGUUUCCAGGAACACCUAAUGAAAAAUCAAUCUUGGAAGAGCAUCUCAACUCUAUGCUAGGAGAUGAGUUUUAUGACGCCCCAAAAGAAUUCCAAGAAUACCCUUGUACAAAAGAUGAUGAAAAAACCUUACAAGGGGAAAAUCUUGAUAAAAAGGUAGAAACUUUAGAAAAUGAAACAAGUGAAGAAAUCCACACCCCUCCACCUUAUAAGAGAAGAAAACUAACAAAUUCAGCAGGAAUCGAUAUCGAGCUGAACCCAAAGCUGGACUUCCAUCAUGGUUGUCAUUGCCCUUGUGUGGUUGUUGAUGAUGACGAGGACUGUGAGAUCGUUUGUUUCGAUUGUUACACAACCGUUAUCUGUUCGUGGGAUUUGGUGGAAAAUCUAAUUGAAGCUGUUAUGCUUCCUGUGUGGUUCUUAUCUUCGGUUGUUUGGACAAUUGUAAUGAGUAUUAUGUACCCAAUAUUUUGGUUCAUUUGGGGGAUACUUUAUGCACCAAUAAGUCUCAUUCUUGGUGUAUCAAAUUUUGUGGGAUUUAUGUACAACCAAAUAUACGAUUUAUUUAGAGAAAUAUGGAUUCUCGUGAGUGAUAUAUUUAAAUUAGCUUCAAAUGCUGAGUCAGCAGUCCACACUUACGAGGUUUCCAUUUGGAGAUCCCUUUGGAACGACUUAUUUUCCCAGGUUUUCCGAGCUGUUCGGAGUAUUUUAAACGGGUUUGUUGCGUUCUUUGCAGCUUGCAAUAGACAUCGAUUGAGUAUAUAUAAUCAUUUACAUGAGUUGAUUCGAAGAGUUAAUCAGCCAAGUGAGAGAUUAGAGGGUGUGAAUGUGAACUCUAGCCAUGAAUCACAAGGAACUCGGUUACUUGGGGGAGAAAAACAGGAUAGGAGAAAGUGGAAGAAGAGUUAGAUGAUAGAUGCAAGAGAUGAGUAUAUAAAUAUAAUACUAACUAAGAAGUGUAUAAAGUACUAGUUAUGUUAUGAUGUUUAUAAUUAUAAGCUUAGUUCUUUUUGCUAACUAAAAAUUUUAAUUUAAUUUGUUUGAUUUGUUACUCGUAGAAUGUGAAUCAAGUUAAAGUAUUUUAUAUAUAAAUGGAUUGAAAUUGUGGGUUCAACAGGAAUAAAAGCAAAAAUAAAUAUGUGCU